GCUGCACUAAAAUAUGACAAUCGACUUGAUGCAGGCUGAGAUAUGAAACAUUUCAUGGACGCUGCUGUGCUAUAUCCCCCAGUCGGUUCACAUAGAUUAUCCGGAUAAGAUUCAGGGACUAUGCUCAAAUUCUUGCUUCCCCCACGGACACCCAGAGCCUUCAUCAAAGGCGUUUACGCCGAUCUUUUCCAGUACUACGCCAUGAGGCUAAGGAACUUUACGCCCAAGCACUACCUGUGCAAGUUCUUCACUAUGAGUUAUCUCCCACCAGACCACUACCUCUCGCACUUCCGCAAAACCUCGCCUGCUUUCCACGUCCAGCACUACACGGGCUACGAUGCUAACGAUGCUGGGUUUUCCCAGAGCAAGAACUUCUACACCAAGUCGUUGGUGCCGCGCAGCUACGCGGUCUACCGGUUGUAUUCCCGGAGAAACCUUCGGGACUGCUUGCAAGCAGCGAUUGAGAAAAAAAUAGAGGGCAGGGACGAUUCAAAAAUGGAAGCAUUGAAGAAUGGGGUGUAUUGUUUCACCGUGGACAUCAUGGCGCGACCAAACGAGAUGGCAGAGCUUCAGACAGAGAUCGACAAGGCAGUGCAAACAGUUUACGCUUUGACACCUGACAGUUUUGGCUGGGUGAGUAAGGCAAACGCGAGGGUAAAGCCCCAGGAGGUGAGGCGUUUGGCGAGCCAGAAUCCAAAGUUGAGAGAUAUUGUGAUACCGCCGUUCGGAGAAGGAACGGAGAGAGAAAAGAGAGAGUGGAACGAGAGAAAGAAAGGGAAUCAAGGAAAGGAGAGAAGAGGUAAGAGAGAGGCGAAAGUGGGUAUGAGGGAUGGACAGAAGGAGGACAAGAAGCCAAAUAUGCAACGCGUCAAGGUGAAUCUUAAGGACCUACAGAAGUUAAUAUAAAUAGUGUAUCGUCUAUUCCAAGGCUAUAAGGGGCCCCGAAGAUUCAAAACUACAUAUUAGGAAGGCGUGGGACCGCACCGAUAUGAUCUGAAACAGACAACUACCAAUGUACGUUUCUAUGCUCCCAUACACCUCUAGCCGCUUUCUUCUUUUCCCCUGGUGUUUCGUUCGACAACCAUUAGCUGUUUACUAGUGCUUUAGUAUUUUCCAAGGAUUUUUGGAGUCUGUCGCGUGACUUCACAAUCUAAAGCUAAAGCUAUACACAAGCCUACUCAACCAAGUGUAUACUCUUUGAGUGACUGAUAUGGUUGUUGAGUUUACAAAGAGUUCUCAAGGUUUAUAGAGCCUCUUGUGUGUGGUAACAGAAUCGUGAUUCCGCUAACCCAGAUUCUUUCAUAAUAAUCUAGAAUCCUAGCUUUUAGCAACUUCAUAAAACGGUAAAAUUCGAGUCCGG